AUGCAAGUCCAGAUUGUUAAUCAAAGCAGACAGUCAAUUACCUGCCUUCUUUCACUGCCUAACCAGGAAGCUUUCUACUUCACAUCAGUUUAUGCCUCAAAUGAAACAGCAGAUAGAGUUGAUCUUUGGGCAGAGCUUCUGCUUCUUCAUGCCACUCUUGACCUUGAUAAUAACAAGUGGAUGAUUGGAGGUGAUUUCAACCAGAUCAUUUACCCCUAUGAACACUCCUCUGACUCAAUCUAUGCCCCAGAUAUCAACAUGUAUCAUAUGCGUGAUUGCUUGCUCCAAGCUGGCUUGUUCGACCUGCGGUUUAACGGCCCAAUUCACACGUGGACUAAUAACCAACCUGAGAGCCCCAUUGCUAAAAAGCUAGACAGAUUGCUGGUGAACUCCGCGUUCCUCUCAACCUUCUCCCAUGCCUAUGCCUCUUUCCUUCCCCAACUCUUCUCUGACCACACCCCAUGUCUAAUCGAUCUUGCCUUCUCCCUCCCUAAAGCUGAAACCCACCCUUUCAAGUUUCAAAACUACCUCACCAAACAUCCCAACUUCUCUGAGCUGAUCCUCGACGCCUGGAUUCUGGCCAGAAGCAUGAGCUGUAACCUAAAGCAUUUCUUUUGGAAACUUAAAAUCAUCAAGAAUGAUUUAAAGCGAUUGAACAAAAGAUAA